UCAGAAUUCCGAUAUUUCCCGACGGCACUUAAAGGCAGCACUGGUUGGAAGUUCAGCGGCGCGGCGUCGCUCCGCACAAACAAUCAGACAGACAGACAGACAAUCACAGACAGACAAACAAUCAGACAGACAGACAGAUUGAGAGGAAACAAAUAUGAAACGUCCUGGAUAUGUAUUAACAGCGGCUGUAGCAACAUGUACUCUUCUGCUGUGCCUGAAUUCAGUCAGAGGUGACUACUGCGAGGUGAAUCUUUGCCAUAAUGGAGCAACGUGUGUGACGGGGGUCGGAGACGAUCCAUUCAUCUGUAUCUGUGCCGAUGGCUUCGGGGGAGACACCUGCAACCUGACAGAGACAGGGCCGUGCAGUCCAAACCCCUGUAAGAACGAUGGCUCAUGCGAGAUCAUCGCUCCAACCAGACGAGGAGACGUUUUCAACGAGUACGUCUGCAAGUGCCAGCCGGGCUUCGAGGGAGUGCACUGCCAGACCAAUGUGAAUGAUUGUGCCAUCCAGCCCUGUAACAAUGGAGGGAUAUGUCGAGAUCUUGACGGAGAUUACACCUGCCAGUGUCCCUCACCGUAUGUCGGAAAGCAGUGCCAGCUACGUUGCAUUUCUCUGCUGGGGAUGGAGGGAGGAGCGAUCGUGGAGUCACAGAUCUCAGCGUCCUCUGUGCACUACGGCGUUCUGGGACUUCAGCGCUGGGGCCCCGAGUUGGCGCGACUCAACAACCAGGGCAUCGUCAACGCCUGGACGUCAGCAGCCCACGACAGGAACCCCUGGAUCGAGAUCAACAUGCAGAAGAAGAUGCGUCUGACAGGCAUCAUCACUCAGGGCGCCAGUCGAAUGGGCACGGCUGAGUACAUCAAGGCCUUCAAGGUGGCGAGCAGCUUCGAUGGAAACGCUUACACGACCUACAGAGUGGAGGGCCAACGGAGGGACAAGGUUUUCAUGGGCAACACAGAUAACGACAGCACAAAGACGAACCUCUUUGACCCUCCCAUCGUCGCCCAGUACAUCCGGAUCAUCCCGGUGAUUUGCCGCAGGGCCUGCACGCUGCGCAUGGAGCUGGUGGGCUGUGAACUCAACGUGUAUUCAAACGCGGCAGGUUGCUCAGAGCCGCUGGGGAUGAAGUCUCGCCUCGUCUCAGACAGCCAGCUCUCGGCCUCCAGCACUUACCGCACAUGGGGCAUCGACACUUUCACCUGGCACCCUCAGUUUGCCCGACUGGACAAGCAGGGGAAGACGAACGCCUGGUCUCCUGCACACAACAACCGCUCAGAGUGGAUCCAGGUCGAUCUGGAGAAGACAAAGCGCCUGACAGGCAUCAUCACUCAGGGGGCCAAAGACUUCGGGGUGGUGCAGUUUGUGUCGGUGUUCAAAGUCGCCUACAGCAACGAUGGAGAGUCGUGGCGUUUGGUGAAGGAGGAGAACUCCAGUGAUGAUAAGCUUUUCCCAGGUAACGUCGACAACAACUCCCACAAGAAGAAUCUGUUCGAGCCUCCGUUCUACGCCCGGUACGUCCGAGUCGUCCCCUGGGAGUGGCACGAGCGCAUCACUCUACGCAUGGAGCUGCUGGGCUGCGAUGACUAGAACCUCAUCGGUUACCAUCUAACAGUUCUGCAUCUUCAUCCAGUCGCUCCAUCUCCUCCACCCACAGCAGAGGAAUGGAUCCUCUACAGACCUGUGAUCAGCUCUGUGAUCCUGUUGGCUGCUGGGACUUUAACACUUGUAGCACUUUUUGAAUAUAGAGACUUUUUUAUGUUCAUGUUAAUAGGAUUGUUUGACAUCGCUCACAAACUAAGACACACCCAUGAUUUGGACUGUAAUAGUUUUAGAUAUAAACAAAAUUUGCUCUUAAUCCAAAUUAUUUACUCCUCCUUGAUUUCAGGUUCUCUUAAAAUCUUAAAAAGUUCUCUCAAAAGCACACAUUUUUCCUCUUACCUGUCAUCCCUGAAGAUUGUUUUGGUGUGAGCUGCUGCAUUUUGAAGAUAUCCACACAUCCUCACUCAUAAACGAGAAGAAACCGAUUGCUUCAAAAUUACCAAGCAAAGCAAACUUAUAAUUUAAAUUGUUGUUUUUUUAGCUCGUGGAACAUUUAAUAGUCUACUUUACAUGGCAAUUCUGAGGUAAUCUUUUCAAAAUAAAGUCAUCUUUUCAAAUAUACAGUGCAAAACAGAUCUGAUCAGUGUUUCCAAAACAACAUGGCCGCUGCAGUGUGACAGAUUUUAGGUUUUGCCAGGAAUACUACUUGGUUAGCUUUAAGAAAUAUUGUGGUUUGAGUUCAAAUCACAAUGUUAAGUUUUAGAAGCUGAGUUAAUUUUAAAAAAUCAGGAAACUGUUUACCUUCGAAUUACCGAAGAAAGUAGACGAUUACAUUGUAAUUCUAUGAGCUAAAAAGUUUGAUAAGGAUGCAAUUAAUUUUUAAACAAGCUUCUCAUGAGUAGAUGUAUGCUUCCUCCUGCACGGUGAUACAGAGAGAAAAUAGUUCCUGUAUCAAACUGCUCACAAGGGGGCCUGUGGACCAUCUUGAGUCACCUGGUUAUGAUUUCUGGAAAGAGACAUUGCUGAUGAACUUAUCAAAUGUAUUUUUUGGCCCUUUGAGCAGCACAAGACGAGUUUCAUCAAGUUAUCUUAUACUCAAGAGAAGGCAGACAUCUUUAAAACCCUGCAACUCACACCAAAUCUGUCCAGAUGGAUAAACAGCACUACAGGUACCACAAGAGGAAGAAGAGGGAAAAUAUGUCAUUUUGAUUUUAGGGUUGACUGUCUCUUUAAGUCUGGACUUGAUAACAGUGCUCUUCCCCUCCUCCAGUUUGACUUCAAGCUAAAUUGCCAGUUUUCAACUUUUUCUUUCAUUCCUUUGCACUAACACGUCAAUUUACAACCUCGCUGUUUCUUGUAGUCUUAACAGUCGCAGAGGAUAAACAUCCAACCUCACUAUCAUCCAGCUGCUGUUUAGUUACUCAAGCACAAACAUGAAGAACCUGAACCUGUGCAAAGAAUAUUUUGGUGUUUUUAAAUAUGAGGAGCAGAUAACGUGUCCAAGAGCAGCACCCAGCUCUGUCCAGCAAAACAUGGGAUAAAAACUGAAAGGCUUUUUAAAAGUUUUCAUGUUUUUUUUAUUUUAACACAUUUUAGCUGAUUCUUCUGCUUCAGUCUUACGUAUUAACUUCAUUGUAAUUUAACUCUUUUUACAACAAAUGUGAAAUAUGUAGAAAUAUGUGUAGAACAUAAACAUUGUUUUACAUUUUUUUUAUUCAUUGUUGGUCUUGAACUGAGAUCAUUUAUUAAAUGUUAAAAUACA